AUGAAGACUCUGACUCUCCUCUCCAUCUGUGCCCUUCUGUCAGUGUGCUGGUCCAUGGGAGCUGUUGAGCCAGAGGUUGUCGUGGACCCUGCUGCCGACACGGCGGCUGAUGCUGCAGCUGCUGACCCUGCUGACCCUGCUGACCCUGCUGACACUGCUGACACUGCUGACACUGCUGAACCCACCGCCCCCGAUUCAUCCUCCUCAUCUUCCUCCUCCUCAGAGUCUGAUUCGUCCUCAGCCUCCGACUCCAACUCUUCCUCCUCCUCCUCAUCUUCCUCUGAGUCUUCCUCCUCUGAGUCUAACUCCUUAGGAUCCGACUCCUCCGCCUCCGAUUCUUCCUCUUCUUCUUCAUCCUCCUCAUCUUCAUCUGAGUCAGCCAGUGACGAGGCGUCCCAGGUGGUCAUAACGAGAGACCUGGCUGCUGUUCUCCUGAGGAGAAGAAGAGCUGCCGCAACAGGAUACCUCAGCCCCCUGCAGCUGGAAAGCCUGAAAGAGGUGUGUGAGCUGAACAUUGGCUGUGACGAGAUGGCCGAGACUGUGGGCAUCGUCGCCGCAUACGUCGCCUACUACGGACCCAUCCCCUUCUAA